CUCUCACACACACACACACAUUCACGCACCCAGUGACACACACACUGAACCAGCCGAGAGAGGGAAGAAUGAGGAAGAUCUCGCACGCACAUUUCAGCUCUCACAGAUUUGCAGAUAAAGCAUCAGAUAUUUGAUCGCUACGGGUCUGUUUGGGGAAAAACACGCGUAUAUGGAAAUCGAAGGGUGCAUGUAAUACUGUCGCUAAUCUUUCCUGCAUCUCCUAUAUAAAAACCUAAACUAAUGCGAGCUGGGAUACUACUGAAGGCUUCCGACACGCACUGUCUCCGCUAACAUUUCUGCUGCCGUUUUCCCACAGACUGACUACUUUACGGAACACCGUUACGCAGAAGUUUGCCGCCGAGUAAGGAACGAUGAGGCAUCGUGAGACCUCCCCACGCCUCUUCCUGAGCUUUCAGUGUCUAGUCCUCAUGGUGAUACUGCUCUACAAUGUCCACCAUGUGACAGCGGAACAUGUUUCAGACCACAGCCAGGAUCAUAGUUCUCCUUCCAACAAGUCUUUGAGCUGUGGUGGUUCAGCUACAUGUGCCCCAGGAGUCAUCCUUCCUAUGUGGGAGCCCCCAAACCCUUCGUCUGGAGACAAGGUAGCCCGAGCCACGGUUUACUUUGUGGCAAUGGUAUACAUGUUUCUGGGAGUUUCGAUUAUUGCUGACCGCUUCAUGGCAUCCAUUGAGGUAAUCACCUCUCAGGAGAAGGAGAUCACCAUUAAGAAACCCAAUGGUGAAACGACCACUACAACAGUACGCGUCUGGAACGAAACUGUGUCCAACCUCACCCUCAUGGCUCUGGGGUCUUCAGCUCCUGAGAUCCUGCUCUCGGUCAUUGAAGUGUGCGGUCAUAACUUUGAAGCUGGUGACCUCGGACCCUCUACCAUUGUCGGCAGUGCAGCUUUCAACAUGUUCGUCAUUAUUGGCAUCUGUGUCUAUGUGGUGCCCGAUGGAGAGCAUCGCAAAGUGAAACACCUGCGUGUUUUCUUCGUCACCGCCGCUUGGAGCAUCUUCGCUUACUUGUGGCUCUACCUGAUCUUGGCUGUUAUCUCGCCGGGCAUCGUCCAGGUGUGGGAAGGUCUUCUCACUCUUUUCUUCUUUCCAAUUUGCGUGGUCUUUGCUUGGAUCGCUGACCGCCGCCUCCUGUUUUACAAGUAUGUUUACAAGCGCUACCGAGCUGGCAAGCACCGUGGCAUGAUCAUCGAGACGGAGGGGGACCGUCCCCUGCCAUCCAAGGUGGAUAUCGAGAUGGACGGAAAGAUGCUGAACUCUCACGCAGUGGACUUCUUGGAUGGAACUCUGGCUUUGGAAUUGGAGGACAAAGAUCUAGAUGAUGAGGAAGCAAGACGUGAAAUGGCAAAGAUCCUGAAGGAACUGAAGCAGAAACAUCCCGAUAAAGAGGUGGAGCAGUUGAUUGAACUUGCUAAUUACCAGGUGCUCAGCCAGCAGCAGAAGAGCCGUGCAUUCUACCGAUGCCAAGCGACCCGCUUAAUGACCGGAGCAGGUAACAUUCUGAAGAAGCAUGCGGCGGACCAAGCUCGUAAAGCAGUGAGCAUGCAAGAGGUGCGCAGUGACACUGGAGAGAAUGACCCGAUUUCAAAGAUCUUCUUUGACCCUGGCUCUUACCAGUGCCUGGAAAACUGUGGAACUGUGGCGGUGAAUGUGAUCCGACGUGGAGGCGAUCUCAACCAGAUGGUGUCUGUGGAAUUCCGCACAGAAGAUGGAACCGCAAACGCCGGCUCAGAUUACGAAUUCACAGAAGGCACUGUUGUUUUCAAGCCAGGUGAGACGCAAAAGGAGAUCCGAGUUGGAAUUAUUGAUGAUGACAUCUUUGAAGAGGAUGAGAACUUCCUCAUCCACCUCAGCAAUGUCCGCGUGCUUCACGAGGGUGAUGAGCCAGAAACCACUGAAGCCAAUCACAUGGAGACCAUCGCAACGCUCGGUGUACCCUCUACAGCAACAGUCACCAUCUUUGACGAUGACCAUGCUGGAAUCUUCACAUUUGAAGAGCCAGUCACCCACAUUAGUGAGAGUGUGGGUGUCAUGGAAGUGAAGGUACUGCGUACAUCUGGCGCCCGUGGGGUGGUUUCACUGCCAUAUAAAACCAUUGAGGGAACUGCGCGUGGAGGGGGAGAGGACUUUGAAGACUCCCAUGGUGUUCUGGAGUUCCAAAACGACGAAAUCUUGAAGACGAUAUCAGUCAGGGUUCUCAAUCGAGAGGAAUACGAUAAGCAAUGCAGCUUUUGCAUAGAGCUACAGACCCCACUUUGGAAAAGGAGAGGAUGGACAGUAUACAGAGAGGAGGAGAAAGAGGCGGGGCAGGAAGAGGCGGAGCCUCUGACAGGCGAAGAGGAAGAGGAACGACGCAUCGCUGAUAUGGGGAGGCCAAUGCUAGGAGAUCACCCUAAACUGGAGGUUAUCAUUGAGGAAUCUUAUGAAUUCAAGAACACAGUUGAUAAGCUGAUUAAAAAGACAAACUUGGCUCUUCUGGUUGGCACCAACAGCUGGAGGGACCAGUUCAUCGAGGCCAUCACAGUCAGCGCCGGUGAGGAUGAUGAUGAUGAAGAAUGCGGAGAGGAGAAGCUCCCCUCCUGCUUCGAUUAUGUCAUGCAUUUCCUGACUGUCUUCUGGAAAGUUCUCUUUGCCUUUGUUCCGCCCACUGACUACUGGAAUGGGUGGGCGUGUUUCGUGGUGUCAAUCAUUAUGAUUGGCGUUCUGACAGCUUUCAUUGGAGACCUGGCAUCCCACUUCGGCUGUACCAUCGGACUCAAAGACUCUGUCACAGCAGUGGUGUUUGUAGCCCUGGGAACUUCAGUGCCAGACACCUUUGCCAGUAAAGUGGCAGCGAUACAGGAUCAGUACGCCGAUGCGUCCAUUGGAAACGUGACAGGCAGCAAUGCCGUGAACGUCUUCUUGGGCAUCGGAGUGGCCUGGUCCAUCGCCGCCAUCUACCACAACUCAAAGGGCCAUGACUUCAAGGUGGAGCCGGGUAACCUGGCCUUUUCUGUCACCCUCUUCACCAUUUUCGCCUUUAUCUGCGUGGCGGUGCUCAUGUACCGCCGCCGGCCCGACAUCGGCGGCGAGCUGGGGGGUCCGCGGACUGCUAAAGGGCUGACCACCAUGCUAUUCGUCAGCCUCUGGCUCCUCUACAUCCUGUUCUCCUCUCUGGAGGCUUACUGCCACAUCAAGGGCUUCUAAACACACGUACACGCACUCACACACGCAUAUACACGCAAAACUACACACCUUCACACAGUGACACACACGAUCAUGCAUUCUGUGGAAAAAUUCGCAAAGACUAAACGGUAAAGACUAAAGACUGCAGAGGAAGGCAACAGCGGCGGACUCGGUUCCGGGUUCACGAGGAUAAUCGUUUUCCGCAGACCAUUGGCCCAUUCUUCUGUUCUCUCAACACGCCAUUCCUUCAUCCUCAUCUUCCUCUGUUUGUUGUGUGACUGCAUCUGAUUGGACGGGGUGUGACCACAGUGUUCAAACAUCAAAUCUAGACUAUGAAAGCUACUAUUGCUACCUUUAACUACUGUAGUUGUGCUUUUUUAACCUAAACCAGUAUAAAAGCCACGUGGGACCGUGGAAUCUGUAAGCUCCCUUCAUAGUGCCAUGGAACUCUAGGUAAUGUGGCUGUGUGUUAUAGGUUUGUUGUCUUAAUGGGGACCGAGCGGUACUGUCAUUUUGCUUGGGUGAUUUUUCAGACACACUACUUUGUGUUUACAGAUGAUGUAAUCAGAGCGGUCCUAAACAGCUUUUGUUGUUCUCUAGAGCAGCUUGUAGUUCCUGUGAAGGCCAGUUUUUCUCCCGCUCUUGCACUGGUGCAGUUCAUUCCAGUUCAGAAAGAGAAUAACAAUGAGGAGAGUGCAGUAUGCCAGCUCUAAUAUCUCCCAACGCUGAAGCUUUAGAGACCAGAGGUGCACUAGUGCAAGACUUUGAUUUAAAAGCCUUGAUCUGACGCUCUCAAAGAUCGUAAAGUGCUAUCGAAAGAGCUCAGGUUAAGGAACAUCCUGAAUUUUCUAAUACAAACACACUGCGGUUUGUUACUGAUUCGAUUAUUAAUUUAUGCAAUCGAUGGACCGUGUGUGAGGUCAGCGUAGUGAAGAUAAUCCAGCAUGUGACAUGCUUUUGCCAACAUCACAUCGAGAGUUUACAAUUACGACUGUUACUUUCCAUCCAAGCAUACACGCAUACAUUUACGGACACAUACUAUGAGAAUGGCCAUACUUUCAGCGAUUUGUUCUCAGACACACAAUUUGCAAGCAUGUAUAAUAGGUAGUCUUUUGCUUGAUUGACUUGCUCAUACAGGUACAGUCAGUCACUCAUCUAUGUGGAGUUUACGAGGGCAUGCUUUCCCUCCAGCCCUGCUGAGAUUGCUUCUUUGUACUUUGUAGAUUCGCUGCAUACGGAGCUGUAAGGUAAAUCUCAUAGAGUAGUCACGGUUUUAGACGUAGGUUGAUUUUAAAAGCAGACAUUGUAGAACUAAUCUGAAUUUGACUCUAAACAUCUUUAGGAUAGCAUGGUUUAACACAAACUAACUGAAGAAAAAAAUAAAUAAAUGUAGCUCAGUUUUUGAAAAUGCAAUUGCAGGAUUUUUCACUCUCCUUUCCAAAGUUCGAUUUUCAGUCUUAGUGGGUAAGUAAAUAUAUGAAAUCGUGUUUCUGGAUUGAGCACAGUAGAUCUGACGUAGAUAUUUUGGACUUCAUCUAUUGUGUAGUUCGCGCCAAAUUUGCCAAAGGGAAAAUCUUUCUAAUGGAGAACUGCAGUGUGCCACACAGCCCCUGAAGUGGGUUUUGUAUUUCCAAUCGUACCUUUUUUACCCACACCAAAAAUGUCCUUGCAAGGAUAAAGAGGCCUUGGUGACAUUUCUUAUAGGUGUUUGUACUGAAGGGAUCCAGCCUACAGCUCUUUUACUGCAUCUGAACACCUCUUCUUGUAACAAAAGAGUGUUUUUAAAGGGAUUCUGUGUUGGGGUUUGUAGUUUCAGAAGCUUGAUUUUGAAAGAGAAGAAAAAGCUGUUUAUUCUUUCUUUUUUUGUUAUGUUUGUUUUAUUUUGUUCUACAUUUUGAAUGAAAGGAAACUAUACUGUACCAGCUUCAGGGCAUUUCUGUAGGAAGCCUUUGAUGAUGACCUUCAAUCCCUGAUGAAGAUGGUCCGCUGUUGCUCGCUAAUUCUAAGAUCCACAAGAAAGACACUACAAACAAAGAAAGACAAAACCAACAUCAAUAAAAGACUUUUUCCUGAAGCCUAAUAUCUAUUUAACCAAUAAACAAACAGGUAAAGUUGGAGUGAAGUUGGUGAAACCAUGUGAAUUACAGCCAUACCAAGUACUGCCGAGAAGACUUUCAAGGACCCUUGCUGUACGUGCUGCUCGCUAGCCGUCACACCAACCGACCGCAGGUGCGCCUCUCCGUACGGGGCGUUUAAACUGUACAUGGUCUCUACGGUUUAUACUGUAUAUGUAUUUGCUUUGGCAGAGCAGGGGUCAGCAAUUGUGCGUCUGUGCUCUGUAAAUCAGGGCGUGGCUGCAUUGGAACCGCCCCCCUGUGGAACCUAGCCCCUCCCUUUAACCCCGCCCCCUUGUUUGCCAUGUCCAUAUUUGGAAUGUUAAUGUGCUUCGUGUUGACAAUGCAUGGAUGCUAACCUGUCUGUAUAUAGUACGCAGAAUCCCCUUCAUUAAUGUAGUCGACAGAAGUUUGAAAGCUGUAUAGAUAUUCCGAUUUUUGUUUUGUUUGCUUGUUCGUUUGAUUUUCCUGUCCGUAAGUUUCAUUUAAAUGUGUUUCGUUUAGUUUGUUUUUUUUAACUUGCACAUGUAUAUUAAAAAGGCAGUAUCUGUCGUUUAGUAAUAUAAGGAAGCAAUAUAUCAAGGCCCUUUGCUUGGUUGUUGCAAUGGUUAUAUUAUUUAACAGUAUGAAAUAUUUUGUCACCGAAGCGUUCAGGCGUGUAUGUAUAUACUGUACAGUAGAAUGCAGGCAGAGUCACCGCUCUGCCGUUAUCAAAGAGAGAAUACAACGUAUUUAUUUGAGACUUCAGAAUGACAAAUAUUGCCUUUUGGAUUGAUUGUUGCAUAGAGCUUGUUUUGUUCUAGUUUCUUCGCUGAGCAGUGUGUGUGUGUGUGUGUGUGUGUGUGUGUGUGUGUGUGUGUGUGUGUGUGUGUGUGUGUGAGUGUGUGUGUGUUUGUUUGGUCGGUCUGGAGCAGUCUGUGAUAUUUGUAAGAAUUAAGGGAACAUAUAGUCCGUUAUUUAUCUGCUCCGAGUCUGUAAACUAUCUUGCAAAAAUCAGUGAACCAUCUGGAAAUUGUCUGUAAAACAUUAGGAGAAUGUGUGUGAAGCGUCAGGGUUUGCCUUGUGUAUGUCUUACAUUCCUAAUUCCCCUCUCUCUUCCUCACUGCUCAGAUGGACUCUAGUCUUUCAGGGGUUUAAUACUAAUCUUUGAUAAUAUUAUUUCCUCCUCCUCCCCCCUCUCUAUAUCACUCUCGUUCUCUCUUUCUAAUCCAAGGCCUCACUAACAUCUUGCAUUAAUGUGUCCAGUGAAAUUAUGUAGGCUGUAUGUUGUAAACAAUUGCAGUGUAUAUGUGUAAUAAUGUUCCUGGUAUUCCUGAACAGUGCGUAUAUGUGUGUAAAUGUCUACAUAACACUUAUUUAUAAUGUAUAAAUUUAUAGCAUGUAUAAAGGUUUGCAAAACCACUUAUACUGCAGAGAAUAUUGUUCUAAACUAGUCAUUUUGUCUUGUUUUCCAGUAAGAAAUAUCUAAAAAUCAACAAACAAUUAUUUUUUGUUGUUGUUUCAAGCAUAAAUUUAAUGCAGUUUAAUGAGGUUUAUGCUUAAAAACAAGAGGCUAAAAAUUAAAUGUUAAAAAGAGAAUAUUUAUAAAGGAAAACAAAACAAAAUGCUGUUUUUUGCAGUGUAAAUAACAUGGCAGAAAGCUCUCAUGCCAAAGCAGGAUUGAAUGUAUUGUAUGUAACGUAAUAGCUGGUCUAAAUGAAGGCUGUAAGUUUUAUUAUCUUAUCUGUCUUGUACAGAUCGAGGGGCUCAAAUCAUUGUGUGUGUUUGAUAGCUGUAGGCUAAUGCUGAGAGUCAUGUUAAUGCAAGUGUGUGUGGCCUUGUGGCAUAGUGUGUCUUACACAGUCCUCUGUCAUGGGCUUAUUAAAGCUGACUCUUUUCCUCCUCUCUCUCUAUCUCUGCUUUCUCUCUUGCACUUUUCGCUUUAUUUCAGGCUGUUUUGUUUCGAUCGUUAGGUUGUUUUAAUUUCAAUCCGAAUGAUUAAAUAUGAGAUUUUUUUUUUUUUUUCGUUUUUGUUUUGAUUUAUUUUUGUGUUGCACUCAAUCUAAUAAGAUGGACGUCCACUAACUGUGAUUGCUCCCCUAGUACACCUCUACACAGGAAAUAAAGUUUGGGAUAUCCUGUUUAGAGCCAA